GAGUGAGAGCCUGCGAGGCAAUACUGUAUGAAAGCGUGAAAAGUUUACAUCUCUUGCACGUCUCUUUAUGGCGCAGCCUAUCCUUAAUGAGCACCAGAGACUGUGACUAACAUGCUCGAUUCGAUUUUAGUCUCAUGGUCUAGUUUCCUAAAUUUGAGUCUACUGUAGAACAGUUUUGAGAAGUUAACCUCAUGACUCAUUAGAAGAGGAUAAAAACAAAUAGCUGGUCUGGUGGACUGGACAGAGGGACAGGGGGAGAAUCCGUGAGAGUACUCGCAUGGCACGUAUGGAUUACAUGUAAGGCCAGUGUUGGUUUCGCUGCAUCUCUGGGGGAAAGUCAUCCGAGAAGCGUAUUUUCAGGAGACCAUGGACAGCCUCGCUUCCAUGCCAGAGGGAUUCCGCUCAGCCUGGAUUGAUGUUGGAUUUACCCGGGGCUCCGAGAGCUCACAGCCGUGAAAUUGAGAGUGAAAGACGCGCUAUGAAAUAAUAGGCUAUUUGUAAGUUUGGUGCCAAAUGUAGGCUAUUUAUGUUCUGGAUAUUUGAACAUGUUUUAUUUUCUCAACAAGCGUUACUAACGCUACUUGGAAUCUUGUGAUCAACUUCAAACAGUGGACACUUUUAAAAGGAGCGCUUUGGUGACAAAUUUGUGGAUCUAUUGAAUUAGGCUGUAGGAUUACCCACGGAAUUCCACUGCCAAAUGAUAGUUUCAAAGUCGUUUGUUUUGUUUCCAUUUUGUCGCCUCGCUCUUUCGUUUCAUUCAUUCGCCGUAUCACUUUGUUAACCAGGUUAAAGCCUGAGAGUAAGAGAAAGAAAGCCUCUGUCUCAUAGCGCGCCCAGUGUGCACACGGGCACCAUGGUCGGGAUGUGGGGUGGCGGAGGUCUCCCAAUGUCUGUCACCGUGGUUGUGACUCUGCUCCUGGCUAUUAUUGACGUGAAGGCGAGUGGGGAGUACUGUCACGGUUGGCAUGACACCCAGGGCACAUGGAGAGAGGGCUUCCAGUGCCCGGAGAAGUUCGAUGGUGAGGAUGCCAUCAUCUGCUGCGGGAAAUGCGAGCUGCGCUACUGCUGCUCCAGGAAUGAAGCACGGCUGGACCAGGGGACUUGUGACAACGACAAGCAAGCCCAGCAACCCGGCACCGACAGCAAAGAGAACAAGGAGACGGGCGCAGUACCCAUCUACGUUCCCUUCCUGAUCGUGGGCUCUGUGUUCGUGGCUUUCGUCCUGGUGGGUUCCGUGGUUGCCGUUUGCUGUUGCAACUGUCUCCGCCCCAAACAGGAACUGUCAUCAGGGGGCGGGGGAGGAGGCGGGUCUGGUGGCGGCCGUCUCCUGGAGACUAUUCCCAUGAUGGCUAGCGUGGGAACGUCUCGCGGUUCCUCUUCCCGCCAAUCAAGCACGGCCACCUCGUCCAGUUCCUCUGCCCCUCCUGCCCAGGUGCCUCGCCCGGCCCCCCAGCCCAUGAUGCGUGCCCAGGCCUCCUGCUGUCUCCCUCCAGACGCCAGUGUCUUUGUCAACAUGCCGACCAACUUCUCCGUGCUCAACUGCCAGCAGGCCACCCAGAUCAUGCCCCACCAGGGACAGUUCAUCCACCCCCAGUACAUCGGCUAUGCCACCCACCACAUGUCUCCACCCCAGGGGGUCUACCUGGACCCCACCCAGGGGGGCUACAGACAGCUGCAGUCCCCCUACCCCCCACCCACCAGUGUGGCCAGUGUCACCAGCGAGCAGAAGUACCCUCCAGUAACAGUUUAAGCCAUUUUGGGGACUGUGUGUAACAGACCUUGUGAGGGCCUUAUGGGGACUGUUUGAGAAACCUUAUGGGGACUGUGUGAGAAACCUUAUGGGGACUGCAUUAGAAACCUUAUGGGGACAUUGGGAGCUCGCCAGCUUGGAGAGAGAAUGAUAUGGACUCAGGCUCACACAGAGGACUCGUAAAACCGAAGCUGGGAUCUGUGCCUGACCAGCCACAGUGUGUUGCGUGUUUCUGUCCUACAUGUGUGUGAUAUGUAAAGGUUUGGCAGAUUUGCCUCAGGGUAAUGAUUGUGAGUGAGCUGACCUCACCCCAAGAUUGAGGCAGGGGUAUGUCUGUCUGGUUGUCCUCAUUCAGCAACACACAGAGGGGUGAUGCUGCCCACCAGGGCCAAUGACACGCAGCAGAGUGUGUGGGUUUAACGUCUUGAAGUUUGUCAGUGUAGCGUUUGUGGAAUGUGUUUGUAAAUGAGUGAAUGUGUGCAUGUACAGUACGAGUGAGGGUGCUGUGUCCAGUGUGGCUAUGUGUGUAUGUGACUAUAUGUACAGAAUGUGCUGUGUGUGUAUUACUGUCAGUGUAUGUGGUGGUGAGUGGGUGUAUGUUAACGGAUGUACUCUGUGUGUGUGUAUAUGAGUGUAUAGUAUGUGUGUAUAUGAGUGUGUAGUAUGUGUGUAUAUGAGUGUGUAGUAUAUGAGUGUGUAGUGUGUGUGUAUAUGAGUGUGUAGUGUGUGUGUAUAUGAGUGUAUAGUAUGUGUGUAUGUGUGUGAGGACGUGUGUAUAUGAGUGUUUAGUAAGUAAUGGGAAAUGCAGGCGGUGUGAUGUGAAAAACAGUCCCUCUCUCCCUGUAGGCCUGUUGAUGUCUAAUGAAGUGAACACAGGACACAGACUGUGACGCUCCAGCCUUACACCCCCCCCCCACACACACACACACCUACCCACUGCCUUGAGUGGAAACGCACACACACUUGCAUAUACACAAGAGAACCCACAAAAUUAAAAUACACAAACACUCACACAAGGACUUGGAAAUAAAUGUGCCUGAAAGGAGGUGUGUGUGUAUAUGUAUGUGUGUGUGUGUGCGUAUGUAUGUGUGUGUGUAGCUGUGAUCGGCAACCUUCUGAAGAUUGCAGAAAUAAUAACGCCGUAAAAGCUGUCUGCCAACUGUUCCACCUCACUGAGUUUCCCUCCUGUGAAAGAGGUGUGUGUGCUGGUGUGUGCGUUUACUGAAGGUAGACUGGAGUUGUGCUGAAAGGUUUCAGGGCAUUUCCAACACUUCUUUUCACUUCAGGAGGGUAGAAAAAGAACAGCAAAAAAAUGGACAAGACCCACUGGGCACACCACAUUAUUUCAGGGCGGCAGGGCAGGGUAGUUAGAGUGUUGGAAUAGGAACCGAAAGGUUGCAAGUUCAAAUCCCCGAGCUGACAAAGUACAAAUCUGUUGUUCUGCCCCAGUUAACCCACUGUUCCUAGGCCGUCAUUGAAAAUAAGAAUUUGUUCCUAACUGACUUGCCUAGUUAAAUAAAGGUUAAAAAAAAAAAUCUAGGUGGAUUAUUUGGUUGAGACGACCCGUUAGGCCUCUAUUCACUCAAAAAGACAGCCAAGGUUAGUUGAAUUUCCAACGUGUUAUCACAAUGCUUACAACCAAAUUCUAAUGGAAAGACAAUGUCUGAUUUUUGGUUUAGUUGUCCCCCAAAUGUCUAUCACUGUGCCAACCAUUUAAAAGCACAGCAAAGUUCAAAUGGGAACACAAUGUCAGAUAUUUUGUUUAUUUAUACAACAGAUUAUUGUGACAUCACUGUGUUUCAUCUAUUAGCCGAACCAAAUGACCUGGAAGGCAGUUGAGAUGACAUUCAAAGUACGUGGAGCAAGUGAUCAAUGCCUCUCGAGAUUCUGCACAGAUUAUUAAAGCGAUUGUGAAGAUCUCCACAGACCUAUGAUGACCGAUGCUUGCUAUUUUAAACUUGCACACUUUAUCUAAUUACAUAAUGUAUAGUUACAGUAACCUAAAAAUGUGGCCGUGGAUGUGUUACUCAUUUUAAGGUUGAACUUUACAUUUGUUUGUAAGAUAAGGAUAUUUACUCUAAGUUAAGGCUAUUAUAAAAGUAAUAUUGAAUUGUUUGGUUGUCAAUGCAACCAAAUAUCAACAUUUUAAAGGAAAUGUAUCUACUGUUUGAAUAGUUCCAUUCUUUAACUUUUAUUUUUGGUUGAGUUGGCGACGUGAAUACAACAUAUAAUUUGUUAACUUGUCGACAAAUAAAUAUGUUAUUUAUGUUAUUUCAAAAGUGAUGUUGAAUUGUAUUUGGAUGUCAACACAACCAAAUAUCUUGCCUGAUGACUCACAUUGAAUUAUUCCACUGCUCUAUCAAUCGCUACAUACUUAAUUGCGGAAAAGAAAUAAACAUUUGUGGCGUUUGGCCGGAGCAAAGAGACUUGGUAAGUCAGCCAACCAAAUAUCAACAUUUGAAGGAGAUUUAUCUUCUGCUUGGAUAGUUCCAUCUGUGUUACUAAUUUAGUCUGGCUUUAAUUACAGUUCGUCUACAAAUUAAGUUUGUCUCCAUCUCAACCAAAAAUCUAAGUUAAAGAAUAGUACUAAAUCAAAUCAAUCUUUAAAUGCACUUUAAAUAAACUUUGAUUUAGUCCUAUUCUUUAACUUAGAUUUUUGGUUGAAAUGGAGACGGGAAUCCAAUUUAUGGUUGCCUUGACAACUAAACACAAUUCAAUAUCACUAAAUAUCAUUUCAUUUUUAUCAACUAGAGCUUGAAACUAGAGGUCUUUAUCGGCUCCAAAAAGUUGGACCUGGAACCCGAACGGACCCGAAAACAAUCAGACCCGAAUAUGAAUGGACACGACAACAACUGGUCCGGGUCUAGACCAGACUCGAUUGGAGCCGAGCUACAAAAAAUGUAUGUUUGCUAGCCAAGUUGCUCUUUUGGUUAACAAAUAGGUAAUUAUAUGUUGGAUAGGCCUUAUUAGCAUAAAAUAAAUAUUAUAUAGGCUAUGCAGAGCCGAGGUUGGGUCCAUUCAGGUCCACUCAGGUCUUUCAGCUGUAGUUUCAUAGACCCGAGACCCAAUGACAGUCAAACAGGACCUGACCCGGACCGGUGGGAAAAGUUAGAAUUUUGGACCCAGUCUGGUCUCGGACCCAUUAAGGCCUUUGUUCUACACCUAUUCCUAUUCUGCUGUCUUUUUUUGCUGAAUUCUGGUUUGAAUUGAAACAAUGGCUGUUGAUGAUUUUGCAAAUGCCUAAAUAGCAUCAUUGAGGAUAAAUGAGUAUAGUCACAUUUCAUUUGCUCCGUUAAACCUACACUUUGGAAUGACUUCGAUAGCAGCAUUGAAUUGAUCUAGUUUCUCUCAACAAUCAUUCUCAUAAUAGUACACAGGUAAGAGUCAGUGACAUCAUAGCUAAGCUGGGCUUGGUUAAAACCCUGGAUGGGAGACUAAAGGGUAGCUGUAGAUAGAUUAGUUCUCCAGUAAGAGGUGCUGCCCAGCCGAUUAUUUUUUAAAUUCUGAGUAGAUAUAACGUUGAAGAUUUGCCGGUGUUUUAACGGUACAAAUUCAACCAAUUUUACACAAGGUCUGUCUAUGUUGGAAUUUGGUUAACAUGAUGACAUAAUUCUGUGGUUGAAAUUUUACCCUCGAAACAAGUUGAUGACAAAAAAAAAUCCUAUAUAUUUUCCAUGUCAUAAUACAUUGACAAGUUAUGUUGAAACAACAUUGAUUCAAUCAGUUUGUGCCCAGUGGGAACACUUUUCACUAUGUUGGGUAGCUGGUCUUAAAGGUGGCUUUUGGAUUUUGGACUCACUUCUACUUUGUGCCCUGUUAUAGAACUGUCUCUGUAUUAGGACUGUACACAACUCACCCCAAGUUCCAGUUGAUGAAACUGCAGAAAUGCAUAGGUGUCCCCAAGUGAACUAACCUGACUGUGUUUUGUGUAUUUCAAGCACAAUGUCUGUAUGAUCAACUGUGUGUGUGUGUGUGUGUGUGUGCGUGUGUGUGUGUGUGUAUCCUGAGGUUGAAUGUGUACCUGCUCCCUGUGAAACACAGUGUCCUUUUUCAUAUGAAUUAUAAUAAAUCAAUAUUAAACAGUG